UUCCGACGCCGAUUCGAAGUGUUAAAAUAAAAAUUAAAUCUGUCUAGUAGAGAUAAUCUAUAGAUCUAUACUCUAUGUAGAUCUAGAUAUACAUAAUAUAGAUAUAUCAAUUCUAUCUAGAAAUAGAUUCCAGAACAAAAAAGUAAUCCAGUGUGAGUGUCGCAGUGAUGCAGCAGAACUAUUGUGAGAGUAUAAAGUUAACUAUGAACUGUAUUUAAAGUGACCAAUGGCGGCUGUUCAAGAUAUUCACAUCUGUGGAGGCUGUAGGUUGGAGUUUUCUGACAUUUUAAAAUUCAUUGCCCACAAAGGGCAAUGUCCUUCAUCAAGUAGAACACCACGAUUCAAUGCCCAAAACUUGUUGAAGGGAACAUCUCAGCAUUUUUUAACACAGUUUUUGCAACAACAUUCUACUCCAGUCGAAGUUUCUCAGGAAUGUGAAGUGGGUAACAAACUUCAGCAGCAAACAGAGUGUGCAACUCCACAGUUCAAUUACAACUCAACAAUAUCAGAUGGUUUAUUGUCCACCAUGGUGGGCCCCGUGUUGCCACAUUUAUCAGUUCCAUUCAGUUCGGUUGACCACAACCUCGUGAGCAACUCAAACCACAAAAACUUGAUCACCUGGCAGGUGAAAGAAAGGACGAAAGAGGAUAUUCUCACCUUGCAUUCUUCUGUAACAAGAAGUGAAAAUCUCCAAGAAUGUUCCGGAGAGAAUAAUGCCAGAAUGAGUCCUAGACGAAGCGCUGAGAGUAUUUCUUUUGAGGACAUUGCCGUAUAUGUUGUAAGUCCCAAAUCAUUUAAUGCCUCUGGCAAGGAGCGUUGCGAUUUGGACUUUAAGAGCAAUGCCCAAGAGAAAAUAGGUAGUGGUAUAACAUUUACCAUAGAUCCUACUUUAGACCAAGCCACCAGUUUUAACUCCUUAGUCAGCUCAGAUCAGAAUUGUACAAUGAGUCAGGUUAUGGUUAAAUCAGUGAAUCACCCUUAUGUAAACCAAACAGUCCAACAGGAAAUAUCUUGCGCUACUGACCCUAUGGGUCUAACAGCCUUACCUAUGUCUGCAAUCAAUUCAAAGUAUUUUUUGGAGACAGACUUAACUACAGUCUCUGAGAGCUCUACACCUUGCCCAGAGGAUUUAGAAGUAGGUCAGAUCUCAGCAGCCAUGCUUGUUGGUGGAAGCAGGCAUGGCUCUCAGCGGGUAAUAUCUGAUUCUAGCCAAAUAAAAAAUGUUUCAACAGAUUCAUCUUAUAUAGUAAGUGGUUCUGGUGGAUCAGGCGAUUCUGUGACCGUUAUCAAGACUUCUCCGGGACUCGGCUUAACUGCACAAGAAUACAUUCGGGAUAAAACAGCAAGUGCACCAAUAAUUAAAGAUGUUUGUAAAACACGAAGGAUAUCCCUAGAGAAGAGGGAACGACUCCAAGGUGUCUCCGAUGACCUCAUGUCAUGCUCUCCAUACCUGAACACUGAAACGAGCAAAGCUAAUAGUCACAACAAAAUCAUUUUUAACCAGGUAACAUCAGAUAAGACAUCUACAAAGAUAGAAUUGAAGCAAACAUCUUCCACACCAGUUAGCUGUGUGCCACAAAUGACCAGUUAUAAGGCUGUUUUCACCAGUCCAUCAUGUGCUGGCCACAGGUUGAACCCAGAUAUCUCUGGCCACAUUCAUCUGGCUAACAAUGUUAAGCCUCUUGAAGCAUCGGAGAGUGAGCCUAAAAAGUUGUCAUCAUCAGUAGUGUACACCAAUAUUUCUGCCAGCACUGGGCUGACCAUCAGAGAUGGGAUUAUGAAACCACAUGGUGGAGUCUGCAAAUCAGAUUUAAAGAAAGUGGACAGAAAAAUUACAUUUGACAUUAAAGAUGAGCCUGCUGUCAGUAAUAUAAGCACUGAUGGCCAGCAAGAGGAAAAGAAAUCUGGACUAGAAAACUGCACAUCGUACAGACUAGCCUCAACAUCAGCUAUUGGUGAUGAGUUAGUCACAUUCCAUAGCAAUGUUGCAGCUCCUGGCAAUAACAUUUCUGUUGGCAAUCAAAGGGAGUAUGAUAUGCCUGAACUUCAUUUGGUCACAGACAGCAAACUGUUGGAAACAUUUCAUGAAACCAACUCCAAAAUGUUUAAAAACUCUUGCAGUGAUGAUCCUAGUGUCAUGUUUAGUCAAGAAUUAAUUGAUUUACUGCCUGCUAGUUCGUUGCCUGCUGGGGAUGAUAGUCCAGUGGUUAUGCUUUGUAGAUCUGAUGACGGCAGCUACAUCUUGGUGCCAAAAGAAAACUUUAGCAGCUCUGCAGAGAUGGUCAGCUUUCAGACAUUCCCUGCUAACAACCUUUCGGAUUCUACAGUUGCUCUGGGGCAACAUGGCUUCCAACAGCAGGGUAUGAAUGAUGUCUACAUCAAUGUUAUUCCCAGUGGAAGCUCUGAUUGUUCAGUCCCUCAGAUGCUGGUCAAGAACUUGUGCUUUUCUGACACUGAUCAGUCACAGUGGAUCGCCAUCUCUACUGGGAAUUCGGAAGGUAGUUCCAGAUCAUAUAGCAUCAACCCGGAUACUCAAAUACCCAUCAACAUGGACACCCCAACACUUAAGCAGGCAACAGUAAAACAAGAUGUUGCACACAUCUCUACAGUUGAGAAAGAGAAAUGUAUAAGGAAGCCAAAGAAGCCCAAAAGUAACCAACAACAACCCAUACCUAAUUCAGCAUUCAUCAAAAAGAAUAUUGCUGCUAAGAAAGCAAAAACUACUCUAGAAGAUCAAGAAGACAUUGGCAAUGAUGGACCUGACAGUAGAAAAAGUAAAUCAUUUAUAUGCAAGUUUGAUAAUUGCAGAUACACUACAACUAUCUUUAAAGACUUCCAGCGACACUAUAGAAGGCAUACUGGAGAACGGCCAUUCCAGUGUAAAGAAUGUGGGAAAAAAUUCAGCCGGUCAGACAAACUUAACAUACAUAUGCGCUGGCAUAGCGGUGUCAAGCUUUUCAAAUGUAACAUAUGUGACUAUGCCUGCAUUGAAGGAGGAAGCUUGAAGAAACACAUGCGAAUACAUAACGAUGAAAGACCAUUCAAGUGUCAGAUCUGCUCCUAUGCCAGUCGUAAUUCCAGUCAACUUAUAGUUCACCUCCGCACUCACACUGGAGACACACCAUUCCAUUGCUUACAGUGUAGUGCAAAGUUUAAGAUCAACUCUGACCUGAAGCGGCACAUCCGGACACACACGGGGGAGAAACCCUUCCAGUGUGACUUGUGUGAAUACAAGUCUACAAACAAAGGUAAUCUAAAAACACACAUCAGAAUCAAUCACUCUAAAGAGAAUGAAAUUUCUUGUCCCUCCUGUGACUUUGUUACCUCCUCAAAGAAACGGCUCAGAGAGCACAUCAAAAUUCACAAUUCAAAACAGCUCGUCUCAUGUGAUCAGUGCGACUACUCUUGCACAAGCCUCAACGCCCUGCGCAACCACGCCAGCAUCCACAACACUGUCAAGCAGUUCAGGUGCCACUACUGCCCCUUUAUGUCCAAGCAAAGUGGCAACCUGAAGAAACACAUCCAGAACUUACACCUGGACAAGGUCCGCAGCUCAAAGCGUGUAAAAAAUGGGCUCUCCUCGUUGUCAGGCAUCGUGACAGGGACUAAAAGAAAUGCUGUUUUAAAAAAUGUGGGGAAGUCAGAGAAUAGUAAAACUAGAACUGUGUCCUCCAUGUACAGAAAGUCUUACGUCUGUUCCAAGUGUGGCUCUUGCUUUGUUCGUGAAGACUCACUUCGAUGUCACAUGAAGCAACAUACCACUGAACAGACGGAGGUAAGCCAGAGUGUAAUGAAAGAUUUGCUGAGUGGUCUACCACAGGGAAGCAGUUUGUCCAGAGAAACAGACAGUGAGAGAGACCACAAUAUUUAUGGUUGUCAAGGCAUUCAGCAUAUAGUGGCUGCGGCAUCCAAACUAAAUGAAGAAAACUGCAAUUCUGAACUUACACCAAAUAAAGUCAAUAAUGACAUAACAGAACUAAAGAGUGUCAAUCCUUCAGUGUUUCAGAAAAACAAAUCUAUUUCACAAAGCCUGAAAGAAUCUAAUCCUAUUCAAAUACAUGAUAGUCUUCAAAUGUCAGAGGUUGCCACUAAAAAAUCUUUACCCUGGGAGCACAGGUCUUAUACACUGAGUGCCAACAACAUUGUAAAGAGGCAACAUCCUGAUAAGAUAUAUUCUAGUUCUGCAGGCAUCUGCAUCAACACUAAAAGCUCUAUUCAACACAGUCUAGUCACUCCAAUACACUCCAGCAAAAGGAUAAAAACAGGACUCUCAACUUCAGCUGCUUCCACGGAUAAGUCCUUGUGUGCUGUUGAUAAUAAUACAGCUAAGAACAGUACAACGAUAGAUUCACCAUUUCCCACAUCUAAUCAAAUGAUUACUAUAUCUGGCAACACUGGCCUGGAAACAUUUGUUUUAACUCAAAAAGGUGAGAUGGGGUCAAACAUAGAGCCAACUUACAGCAUUCAGCUACUACCCCAGUCAUCUUUACAAACAAGUUCUACUGACAUGUCUGUAUUUGCUCAGGAACUCGUUGGUCAGUUGACAAGUGACUUUCAAGCAGCACAGUAUCAGGCCGGUGCUACAAAGAUCCAGAUAGUUCUUCCACCUGGUACCACAAUGUUUGAGUCUUCACAGGCAGCCAGACUUGAGAGUUGCAGGCACCACUAAUGACACCAGACUUCUAGUCUUUACUAAUAUCAGUACAGUGGGUCUUUGAGGGGACAUCAGAACACGGGAUAACUUUCUUCCUACGCAUUGAAGAUGAGAGAUUACCUAUUUCCUAGGAAUGCAAUGGGUUAGAGAUUUACAGAUAUUUCAAGUUGUACACUCAACAAAGAAGAAACUUUGACAAGCCUAUUUCUGUUUUAAAGAAAACUUGUUAUAGAAAUGUGAUAGUUGAGUAAACAAUAAAAUCUCACCAAAGAAAUUCCA